AACCCCGGCACCUGCGCGAACAGCACAUCCAGCGUGAUAUUCGACACAUCGACCUUUCCCGCACGAUUCCAACGUCGCAAGCAACAAUGCUGAGUCUGGGUUCUAUAUCCGAUCUCCUCAAGCGGUCACCCAGACAGCGAAACGCGGCAAACGAUGUCGCACCGGAGCGUCGGGACCAGCCGAAUAUCAACCCCGCCGACAUCAGCAUCGAUGCAACAAGCGGCGACGAAAGCAGUUUGAACAAACAGUCGCCGCUGGACCACUCAGGCUCGCCGACUUCCGAGUCGACUGCCAGCGCACUCGAGGCACUCCCAGCCGAGCUGCGAAACCAAAUUCUCUCCUCGGUCGCUGACAUUGGAGUUGAGGAGCUGAGGGCGCUGGUGCGCGCAUCACCCGUGUUCCAUGAACACUACCGACUGGACCGCAAAGCCCUUCUCAGUCGAGCUCUCAAGUCCUCCCUUGGCAACCAGCUUGUGGAUGCCUACGCCGUGCAUACGUCUGUUUCACUUCCCACAAGGCGCAGAAAAAAUAUCAGCCUGGAAGAUCUGUCGCUUUACAUGGACAAGUAUCACAGCCUGCGCAACUUAUCCCCCGAUCAGCUCCUGUCAGAGAUCAACAUGGACGAGGCGGAUGCCAUUGCCAUGGCGUCCUUCCACCUUUCUAUUAUCUGUCCGGUUGUGGAACAGUGCGCCGUCCUCUUCCUCCAGCAUCUGGAUCCCUCACUUCAUCUCGACAGUCUCUCCUGGACGAAGCGGGCGCGCCUCCUCCGUGCUCUAUACCGUUUCGAGCUCUGCCGUAACCUCCUACGGUACGUGUGCGGGGAGGAUUACGAGAUUUUAGACGUGUUCUUCUGCAAGCUCCACCCCUGGGAGAUUGAAGAGAUUGACUGUAUUUGUUCCUUGUGAAAGAGAGGUACGGUCGAGUGUGCGACAUCCUGCGAUCCAUUGACGAAAUGGAGUCCUUGGACCUCACUGAUGGCCCAGACGAAUGCGAGAACGCGAUACAAGGAACGGCAUCACGAGGCCUGUCACUGUUCG